CGCGCGAGAGCGAGUACUCGCGUUCCCACAAAUCGCGGACGUGUUAUUUCGCAUUGUCGACCGGGCUAACCGAAGUUUUUUCCCCGCAAAAAUCGAAUUCGAACUAUUCGCACAUAUCAAUCGCAAGACAUAAUCACUGACACAAACGGCAUAACGAUAAUUCGAUUAACAAAGUCGAAAUUAUCAGUGAAAUUGAUCUUUUAAUACAAUGUAUGAGUGCGUAUGGUCAGUUAUUGAUGCCGAGUGAUGUUCAGACUGUUCAGUGUGGUUCGUUUAAGUGACAAAGCGACGGUCGGGAGCUAUUAUCCUAAUCGAGAUUGCGUCGGUCCGGGAGCGCUCGGGCUCGGGCCUUAGUCGCUGGGGUACCCUAAAGCAGUAACUACGGAGUCGCAAGCCCUCCUCCGUACCAUUUACCGCCAGGAUUGCGACUUGAAGAUGGUGCAGCAAGAUUUGACCUAGACCGGCAAUGGCUCGGGCGGGCUCAUGCGCGUGAGCCCGAGGCAGCCAGGACUGUGUAGUGUUGUGUUGUGUAGUGAUGCCAGCCAUGUUGUCGGCAGUGCUGGAAGAGGAGGCCGACAUGUACGAGGCGUUCCCGCCGCAUGUUGACCCCACCGGAAUUACUAUACUCACCGAUAGCCCGCCAGGGAAGAAAGCGCCGCUCAAAACCUACGAGGAACUCCAGCCCCUCUUGCAACAAUCCAGGAAACGGGAGCUCAAGCUCGUCAUCAGAGAGAACUCCUGGCCUAUAAACAGCCCGGUCAGAGCGCUGCUGUGGCCGGCGUUGUGCCGGCAGCAUCAGCAUGGGAAGUCCAUGCUUGACGGAUUCUACUGGGACAUGGUCACGCAGGUGUUCGGAACAGUGGAGCUGCCGGACAAGCCGAUCAUGCUUCCACCCUUCGUGGAGGCGACACAUUGCCUCGGCUACCACCUGACUCGUAAGGGCCGGGCGGUGGCCGACCGAGUCGUCUCCGUGCUUGGAUACGCCUGUCCCGACAUCACGUACAGCCCUAGUCUCUACCCCAUUACUGCUGCUCUGCUACACUUCAUGCCUGAGGAGGAAUGCUACCACUGUAUGGCGUCCCUAGUGGCGUCCAAGGAGAAAAUGUUCAUCACACAGACCAAGCUGCUCAACGAAGUCACGUGGAAAACCGUCAUGCAGAUCGCCAAAAAACACGCUAAAUCAGCGGCGCAGCAUCUCUCAAGGCUAUCGGGCGCAAUCGGCCCGGAGCGGAUCUACACCGACUGGCAGUGGUGGAUCCUUGCAGCUCUCCCCUUCCCCCACCUAGUCAGGGUGCUGGACUGCUUCUUCCACGAGGGCAUCAAGGUGUUCUACAGGGUGGCCCUAGCGAUCCUCAUCCUCUUCCACAAGCACUCGACGAACCAGAGCUCGGACUGGUACGCCGAGGCGACAAAGAACGGCGUCGACCACGCCAUCGACAAGUUCUGCAGAAACAUGCCGGCCUCGCCUACCAAGCUGCUACGGACCGCGUUUAGUAUUAGGGCUUUAAGUUCACAGUACAUAUCCCGAGUGUUCAUAAAGACAGAGAUGACCCUCAAGUCGAAGCAAGUCAUCACUGGCUCGCGGCUGGUUCGCUCGCGCUCCUCCGACAACCUGCCCACCAGCCAGAGCCAGGUCAAUAUACAGAUGAUGUCGCACACGUUGACUAUACGUGAGAGAAUGUCUGAGGAAGCGUGCAAACAAAUGGGCUCUCACUCGCCGGGCCCGCGCGCCCUGUCCAUGGGCGUGUACCCAAUCCAAGCGCUCAAGUCGCAGAUAUCCGACCAGACCGAACUAUUCACGUUAUGGUCGUGGCUGCCGGUCCGCAUCACGAUGUACCAGCCGGUGCUGUUAUACACGACGGAAGAGCACGGCUGCUCGCUGACCACGUUCUACGUGCGCGUGGAACACCACGAGCCCACGCUGCUCAUGAUCAAGACGUGCAACAACGAGGUGUUCGGCGCGUACUGUUCGACGCGAUGGUUCGAGCGCAACCAGAAGGACGAGCGCGGCAACCGGCAGGCCUACUUCGGCACCGGCGAGACAUUCCUCUUCAGCCUUUACCCCGAGCGCGCCAAGUACCCGUGGGUCGGCUGCAGCGCCGACAACAAGGACGCCGUCGCGCACGGCUCCGAGCUCUUCAUGGCCGCCGACUCCAGGAUGAUCACCAUCGGAGGCGGAGACGGUCAGGCGAUCUGGAUGGACGAGAACAUCCGGUUCGGCAAGACGGACCGCUGCUCCACCUUCAACAACCCGCCGCUCUGCCCCUCCGGCGACUUCGAGAUCCGCGUGCUCGAGGUCUACGGCUUCUCCGGCGCCUAGGCGAAUCUCCGCACCCGACCUGUGACGUCACAACACCGACUGCAAGUCUUGUCUACAUGAUGGAAACUUCCGUCUCAGGUUCUCACACCUACCGAUGCGGAAUCGAUAACAGCUGAUAGAAAAACAUCCAUGUUUACGCAAAAAGAACUUCGCUUCUAUUAUGUAGACAUAAAGGUUAUUUCUGUUUAAUAUUGACAUUCAUUACAAACUUUUCUACUAAUACUCCUGCACAGAAUGGAGUUGCGGAGCGGUUGAACCGAAAAAAAAUCACGAAAACGAAUCAGAUGUUACAAAAAUUCCCAUACUCCAAUACGAAAUGGUGUUGUAGAUCGGUUGAAUCGAACAUUGUUUUCAUACAGAAAGCUGACGUCACAGCAAAGGGUGGCCCGAUUUGUGUAUUGUCGUACCCCGAGUGUGAUAUAAAUGUUGUGAUCGUGUCACAAGGUGCGCAUGCCUGCAGGCGGCGACUGACUACAUAGCGAUAUAUAUACAUCUACAUACAGCUACAGACCCACGCAGAAGCUUGCUAUACGAAAAUAUUUGUCACAAAUUGGUCAAUCUUGCUAAUCCUUAAUUAGAUUUAGCAAUUUGGAUGUUUAAGACUGUUCGGAAUAAACCAAAAUUCGUAAAGUAAACUUCUGCGUGAGUAUAGUAGCAUUAGAAUUAUUUAGAAAAAGCAAUUCUUACCUUACAAUCUUAUUCAAGAUCGUAUUGCGUUCUGUUCAAUUUCAAAUUGUCAUUUUUGUUGCGAUCGCAACCACACGGAUAACAUACGAGUUUGCUUAAGAUUAGAUCGACUAAAUCGCUAUGUAACCGGUAAGCCGUCUCUUGCCGUAAAUAGACUGUGUAUUAGCUGUAUUACUAUAUUUAUUCACGUGUAAUCUCCCGUACCCCCUAGCCUCACACGCACUAAGACAAGUGUAGGUUAACAGAUCCGUUCAACACAACGAAAGGGGCAAUUAGGUUGUUACGAUAUUUACUCGCGUAGAGUGUGUAAGUACAAAAAUGUGUUACGUAACUAUUGGAUUAAAUACGCUUAAAGAAAGCAAUAUGUAUGAUGGCCUAGGCGGCGGAGGUGAGGAUAUUCCGGGCGUGCGAGGCCGUGCCAUCAUAAAGGUCACAACUAUAUCGUUCGCGUACUUUUAAGUGUUAUAUGUAAAAUAUUUAGUUUUAUUACGGUGUUAUAAUGGAAUAUAUUUAAAGAAAUACUCUUGCCUUUUUACUAAAUGGCGUUGUAAAGAUGUUUCUUUAACUAAUUAAUUAUUAGGUACUCGAUAAAAUCUAUAAAUUGAUGGCACGUUCUUCGUCUUGACAUAUAAGGGUUCAUCCAAAAAUAAAUUGUUUGUUGUUUUAAUAAAUUUGAAAUAUAACAGUGUUCUUUAUGGAUGGCCCCAAGUUUGCCCGGAACAUCCACGCCUGCUUCAAUUAUAUGUGCAUAAAAGUUCUGGAAUUUAUUUAAAAGGCAGCUUACGACGGCUGGCAGUUAGAAUUACCUACUUCUGUAUUAAAGUAAGAAAUAUUAAUAAGAAGGACGUACCAUGCACGCCAGAUGUCAUAAGACUGGCUUUGAAUGGUCAAAAAUACAGACAAUAGACUCCAUGCUUGUAAGGCUUGAUACGCGGACAGAGCAACUUUGUCUUAUACAUCGUCAGUUUUUAAUAUUGGAACUAUAUUAUUUUUCAAAUAUGGUCCAAUUUACUAGCGAUAUAUAAGCAAAGUUCCUCUAAUCCUAAUUUAUAAACAUGUCUCAUAUACUCAAAACUGUCACCAUAUCCUUGCUCACAAAAAUGUACCAAAGAAAUUUAAAGUAGAGAAAUUUGUAGGUAUCGCUACGCACGGUUUUGAACUUCUUACAACAGUUGUCGGUGUUGUAUGUGUACCUAAAGUUACGAGUGAGACGCGGUGUGUAGUAUUAUUUUACAUUUGACGGUUAUGUGCCAAAAAAGGACCAUUCGACUUUAUACGUCUGGCAAUUUGGUAUAAAUGUAUUGAUUCGCGAUUUUUGACACCAUUUUAAUUGCAGAUUUUCUAUGAUACGACUUAUGUAUGUUUCAUUCUCGUAUUUACUAUAGGUGUUAGUGAGAUGCAGAAAUGGUGUUUCAAAUCGCGAACCGAGAACCGCCUUCCAUCUCAUCAAUCAUUUUCUUAUCUAAUAUUAAUGUAUGUGACGAAGCUAUAGUGGAUUCGAUAACUUGACAGUUUUUAGCGUUUUAAAAAAUGAACGAAGUAAUUUUAAUGUGCGAUUUUUUAUAUAUGUUGAAUGCGAACGUAGCGUUAGUCGGACAUCACAAACAUACAUAUCCCUGGAGUACAACGGGAUAGCAUAUCACCGGCGGCUUGCCAUCACUCGGCAAUCCGUGAUGACCUGAUGACCAUCAGAAUGUUCAUCAUGAUUUGCAAAGUGAGCUUCCAUUAUUGGCUAAGUUAUAUAUUCUCACCUAGUACUAUUUUAAAACUGACCGUCUAAAUACUCUCAAAAUCGGUUUUGAAAUAGUAACUCCUUCGAGCCGAUCCGGAGGUACUACAAACAUGAUUAUCAAAAGCCUAAGACUCGUUUUAAAUUCAGAUUAUUUAUGUAAUUUAUUGAUUAGGUAACAAUGGUUUAUAUAAUGUUAAUAGCGCCCCCGCGGGCCGCUACGGGCCUCUCGCGAACAAGUGCGUACGGUCAGCAUAUACACCGUACAUAUACAUAGACCGUUGAAGUCUCAAGUUGACCGUAUGCCGACCGUACGCACGGGUCCGCUCGGGGCCAUAAAGUUAUGUCGGUAACUUUGAUAUAUUCGCUCAGUUGUUUUGAGUACACGCGCGCGUCCCACCACACCGCAAGAGGCACUUCAUUAUAAAUUAUAAAAGCUAAAAAUAUAUGUUAAGAGAGGCUUCGAUUACCGUAAAUUAAUGAACAUUUUUAAUGUAAGUUAUACGCCGCGGCUCAGACUAUGGGUGCGUUCAACGUUCAAUAUGAUUUGCGCAUAUGCUGUGGGGUACGCGUGCCCGGUGAAGUGGUGGGCCUGCUCGGUGUGGAGCGCGCGGGAGUGAGGUCGUGCACGUGGCGUCGCGCGCGGGGGCGCCGCGGGCGAUAUUACGUUCUGUUGCGGGCGCGCCGCGCACCCGUCUCUCCACACGCAGAUUCAGUUAGUUACGUGUGAGAGAGACGGGUGCAUCGAUAAAGAAUGCUCGGACUAUCCCCGAAUGUGGUCUAAAUAUUGGACUAAAUAAAUUCAAUCGUAGACGAUACGCGGUUGAAUUCAUUUGAGACGAUGUUCAGUAGUCGCUAUGAUUGAUUUACGUUAAUGUGUAGAUAUAAGGUGCGGCGCGUCCCGAGUUGUCGUUGAUCAGUGUAAAGUCUAGUCUUUAUCCUGUUUUUAUCUCUAACGAUAUAAUCUAAAUAUUUACGAAUUGAUAUUUAAAUUUUUGUGCGAUUUCGCCCGACGGGCGCGUAGGACGUGUUAGUUUAUAAAUACAUAUAAUGUAAAGUAUACUGUUAUUAAUAUUUGUUCUCCUUUUCAGUAUUGUGGUGUGUGUUGUGAGCAUAUCGAGCGCGUGCUUGUUUUGUUACGUUACUGUACUGUUACAUUCGAUAGUCUAGCCGACGGGCGAAACUUGUUUAAUGGUAAUGUAAAUGUUGCUUUAUGAUGUCUACAAAAUAUAUAAUCCCAUAUACAA